CACGAUAUCCUUUGUGGUUGCAAAGUAAGUGACCCAUGUCUUUUCUCUGAAAUUGGGUCAUUUUGGAUCAUGUUACAUUGUGUAGUUUUCUUAAUAUUCUGCCUUCUUGACACAGAGGCGAAGAUGUUGCAGUCUCCUGCAGUUUUGAAAGCUAGUACUGGAACAAAUGUCAGUCUUACGUGCACCAUUGUGAGCGGGGCUGCUACAUGUUAUAAUGUUGUUUGGUAUAUUCAGCUGCAAACAAAAGCUAUCCAGCUGUUGACCAAAAAUGAAAGAGUUUCUCUUGCACAUAGAAAUACUGAGAAGAAGUGCACUUUAACCAUCAACAGAGUAAGGAUAAAUGACACUGGGACAUAUUUUUGCUCAGGAUGCAACAUUGUUUUUAGUGACUUUGGAAAUGGAACAAAACUCAUUAUCACAGAUGAGCCAGCAAACUCACCAGUGAUGUUUGUGUUGCCUCCUUCAGCUCAUGAAAUUUAUGUUAAGAAAACAGUGACUCUUAUAUGUCUAGUGUUCAAUAUUUCUGCUGAAGACUUUAACGUAUUUUGGAAUAUUUCUGGGAUUAUAAUGAGUGGGCUUAUGCAUCCCAGUAUAAGGAUAUCCGAGAGUGAGAAGAGUAUCUGUAACCAGUUAACAAUCGCCCCUGAUCUGUGGAAAAACAUUGUGACAUAUACCUGUGUGGUAGAAGACAUUUCCGGAGUAAUUAUCAGCAAAUCCAUAUGGAAAGAGUCUACUGCCAAAGGAAAUGACCGAUCUCAGUUUACAGCUUUCUGUUCCAGAGUAAUAGCUCUUCUUCUAUUUAUGAUGACAAUUCUCAUGAUCUGUUUUCAGUCACAUUGUGAUAAAGGUCAAAGGAAGAAAAUGUGUUGUUGCAAGAACAAAGUAACCAGUGAAAGGAUAUAAAAACAGGUGAAACCAAUAAAACGUCAAAGUGAUGAAAUUAGCUGGAGAGUGGUUCACUUAUGAUUCACUUUACAAGAAAUUACAGCAGCAGACACAUUUCUAGCCCAUUUCAGCACAUGUGCAUAUCUGUUUGUCCAAUCAUAUACAAGGUUGUUGUUCUACAAAGAAGCAAAAUCUGGAAUACAUCAUAUAGUUAUAGCAGUAAACUGAAAUAAUUGCUGGAAAUAGUGGAUCACGCAACUAUCACAAAAUCUAGACUGUGGCUAAUAUUUCUUUUAUAUUAUUUUAAAUCUGUCUACUGUGGUUUAGCACUGAUCCAUUUUCUUUUAUAUUAUUUUGAAUCUCUCUUAUGUAGUUUAGCACUGAUCCAUUCUUUAUCACCCCCAUGCCAGCUCAGAUAUUACAGAGCAUACAUAUGAACAUACCUUGCCAAAUUCAGAAAAGUUAAUGCUUGGCAUACAUGAGGUGUACGCCUCAUGGAAACCUUUUUUGGGAUGCCAAGACAGAACAGCCAUACCACAAUAUUUUUGUACAAAAAUGUGCAGAAUCAUGGCGGAC